AUCUCAAAAAAAAUCAAAAAUACUUUUCUAAAAUUUUUUCCAAAAGCUAUUUUCUGAAACAAUUUUUUUUUUUGAGACUCAAGCCCAAUUUAUUUUCUUUUCGUUGACUCAAACUAAGUUGGCAAAUUUUAAAUUCAGAAAAAUGUGGGUCCUCCCUUGAUUUCAAACGGGCCCUUUAAAUAUUUAUCAAACGGUACACAUAAGUCAUAGCACGAGAGACAGAGAGAGAGAAUCUGAAGCGCUGAAGAAAAAAGUUUGAUUCAUCGAUUCUGAAGCUUCAAUGCCUCGCAAGAGUCGUCGGCGCUCGAAGAAACAUUGCACUCUCUUGAAACGCCUAGUGAAAAUUAAGGCGAAAAAGAAAGCUAAAUUAGAGGAAGAAGAAGGGGUUACUCCACUUGUUGACAGGUAUUGGUUGCAAAGGUAUGAUCUUUUCUCGAGAUACGAUAAGGGUAUCAAAUUGGACGAAGAAGGGUGGUUUUCCGUUACACCGGAAGAGAUUGCGGUCCGGCACGCCGAGCGGAGUGGUGGCGGUGUAGUCAUUGAUUGCUUUGCCGGCGUCGGUGGUAAUGCCAUACAAUUUGCCUCGGUAUCUCAACACGUUGUUGCUAUUGACAUUGAUCCACAUAAAGUUGCAAUGGCUUCUAAUAAUGCAAAAAUAUAUGGCGUGGAAGAUUAUAUAGACUUUGUUGUGGGAGACUUCUUCCAACUUGCACCAUAUCUGAAGGGUAAUGUAGUAUUCCUUUCACCACCAUGGGGGGGUCCAUCAUAUAGUUCAGUUGGGAAUUUUACCCUUGACCUACUGAAGCCAAAGGAUGGGUAUUCAAUGUUUCAAAUUGCUCAAUCAAUAACCCCCAACAUCAUUAUGUUCUUACCUAAAAAUGUAGACCAACGUGAAGUGGAAGAACUUUCUUGGCUGUCUUCUCCUCCUCUACAUGUUGAGAUUGAAGAAAAUUACGUGCAGAGCAGUUUAAAGGGUAUGACUGCCUAUUUUGGUGAUGCUCCUUUCAGGUAACUUGGUUGUCUUAACUUUCUGUCGAGUAGUUAUCCUCCAUGUCUUCAUCACAGCUACCACUUUAGAAGAUUACAGUAGAAACUUUAAUAGUGGGAGAGGCUCGAACUUCCUCUUUUUUUUAUUGCUAAAACGAAAUUUUGUUCCCAUGUGUCAGAAUUUCUUCUACUAAAUAUACAGUGGUUAGAGCAAUGUUUAAGUCAUUUGUCUGUGGAUGCAGUUGGUUUUUGUGAGAGUUUCUCUUCAUUGCCAAGUUUGUGCAGGUAAAGUUAAGAAACAUUUAUCUAAGAUGGAAGCUACUUUCAAAUGGAAAGUGGAAACAAUUGCAUUGUUUACACGUAUUGAUAACAUCUCUAUUACACUUUUACUCAAUACUAGAUCAUUUAUCAUGAAUACACAUGAGACCCACCAUUUACAAGUGAGCUACUCAUUCAUACAUGGUUGAUGAUCUACUAUUAAGUAAAAUUAAAAAAAGUGUAAUCGAGAGGAUAUCAAUCCUUGUUUACAUAUAUGAGACCACUUUAAUUGUGAAGAAAUACCUUGUAUACCAAAUUGGGAUCUCAAAUGAGUAGACUCCUACAUGAAUGAAUCCCGUUAAAAAAAGUUAACAAAAUCCACUAAUCCAAGGGUCCCGUUGAUUUGGGAUACCAUUUGAGGUUCCUUUCAUUUCUCUUAAUUGUGCACUACGGGGCAAAAUGGGUUUGUUUGAGAGGCUAAAAUUCUCAUCAAUUACAUUUUCACACCCUCAUUCUUGACUUUGAUCUCAAGUUAACCUUGAACUAUUAAAUUGUUGCAUUAUCCAAUCAAUUGCUUGAGUUGGUUUUACGUUCUAGAGCAACAAAUAUCCACUUGUAGGGAAAAAGUGAAACGAACUCAUUUAGUACGGAAGGGAAAGUAAGAUAAAAGGCUAGCUGGUGCAGUAAAGCUUGGUUCAUUAUCCGGUGAUAGGAAUGAAAGACUAUGUUAAAAAAACAGAGGAAGAUAGAAAGUAUUUCAAACUGUUGCUCUUUGAAUUGCUUCUUGUGUUAUUGGAACUACUGGAUUAAUGACAAUUCAUUAUUGGGGGGUUAUGACUAGAAAGAAAGGUCUAUUCGAUCUGUUGCUUGUUUUAACGUGG